GUGGAGCUCAGUCUGCCUGCUGGCCCCUCACUGGACAGACAGGCAGGAGUCUUUACUGCCCCCUUAUCUUUCCCAGCUCCCCUCCUCCCUGAAACACUAUUUGUUUUCUUACACUCAAAUUAAUUUAUUGACAUGUAGUUCUUUGUAACAGAACGCAUUGAAGGCCGCUGUAAAUCUGCGUGGUCGUACUUAGCCGAGACCCCGUGAGCCUCCAGGCCUGAACCACUGCAGUUCUGAUUCCCCUCCCCCCAGCCUUCUGGUCGCAUUGUCCUCUGUCUGCGAGUUGUCUCCUAGGAACACACGCCUGCUGCUGUCCCGGCUUGGACUCCGGAAGCAGCGGCCUCGAGGAGGGCCCCACUUGCCUCUGCAGGGUCAUGGCUCACCGUGCCGAACGGGUGGCCAGUGUCUGGUACAGGAUGCUGCCGCAUCUUGGGGUUUUCUUCCCUUCCCCUUGUGUGUUCUCUCGCUCGGCUCCCCUGACCUUCCGUACGCCUGAUGUCUGAAAGUCUGUUGAGUUGGGACAGGGGCCCCGUCACAUAGAGAACAGACGUUGGUUAGAGUGCUUCCAGCUGAUGGAGCAGUAGAAAGGUUUUUCCAUCGUUUCCAUUGCAAGAUCUGAAUUUUCUGUAAAAUACCCAUCAAAUGGAGUGCUUCCCAGGUGGCUCAGUGGUAAAGAAUCCACCUGCCAGUGCAGGAGAGUCGGGUUCAAUCCCUGGGUUGGAAAGAUCCCCUGGAGAAGGAAUGGCAACCCACUCCAGUAUUCUUGCCUGGAAAAUUCCAUGGACAGAGGAGCCUGCCGGGCUACAGUCCAUGGGGUUGCAAAGAGUUGGACUAAACAACAAUCCGUCAAAUGUGCAAAGUAGGGCAGCUUUGCAAGCAAAUGCAGUUGUAGCACAGCAGAGGUUAUUAAUUGGCACAGGGCACCUUUAUUGAGAAAAAGGAAUACUUUGUUUUCAUUGCUGAGCAGUUCCAUUUGUGGAUAUAACACACUUUUAUCCACUCAUGAUUUGUUGGACAGUUGAGUUGUUCGCACAUUUAGCCAUUAUACACGAUGCUGCUGGGAACACGUAUAUGUGAGUUUUUGUGUGGAUGUGCGGUUUCACUUGUGUUGGGUAUGUAUACCUCGGAGUGAAAUUGCUGGGUCCUCUGAUAACUCCAUUGAACCUUUUCAGGAACAGCCAGAGUGGUUUUCAAAAACAUUGCCCCAUUUUUCAUUCCCACCACAGUGUGUGAUAGAUCCAGUUUCUCCAGCACUUACCACUGUCAGCACUCAAACUCUUGUCUUCUUUGAUUACAGCCAUCCUGGUGGGUGUGGAGUGGUGUCUCAUUGUGGUUUUGAUCUGCAAUUCCCUCAUGAAUGAUGCUGUCAAGCAUAUUUUCAUGUGUUUAUUAUCUAUCCGUUUGUGUAUCUUGAGUAGAGAUCUUGAGGUUAAUGCAUAUCAUCUCCUUCUGAGAAAGUUUCAACAGAUUCAUAUGUUAACUUAUUUAAAUUUCUAGUUUUACUUUUGAACAGAGCAGUCUGGAGAUUUUUCAAAAACAAAACAAAAUACCCAUCUCUUUCAGAAACAGUACUAUCUAAGAAGGGCUCUUUUUAAGUAAUAAAAUUAUUUUUUAAAUGUAAAAUUUUAGUCCCAGAUCUAAUGCCAUUUGAUAAGGUACAUUAACAGUUGAAAUCCUAGCAGAAAGGGAAGCUCCCGUCACCUGAAGUGAUCCUCUUCCUAGUGUUCAUCUGACGCUCCUCUUUGUUGAGAAAUCAGAAAACCCUUAAACCAGCUUGCCACUUGCUUACCACCUGUGGUUUUAGUACAGAAAAAAGUUUUUAACCAAAGGAUUCAGCUACUUUGCUGUUUCUUGGAAACGUUGAGAUGGUAGUUCCACCCACUGUUCUUGAUCCACUGAGGUUUUCUUCUUUCACUAGCACAAGAUCCGAGGACCUAGUUGAGCCUUUCUUUACACUUAAAAAAAAAAAAAAAAAAAAAAAUGGAAAAAAAAAAUUCCCGAGACCACUCUCAGCCUCCUCACCUCCAGCGUAAGAUAAUGGAGGCUGUGUAAUGGCGCCUGAAUAUAUUCAGGUCCCCCCAGCCUGUUACUUUAAGUGGUAAACGGGGUGUGCUUAAGUGAAGGGUCUUCAGCAGGGAGAUGGGCUGGGCUGGUCCAGGUGUGCCUGGUUUUAAUCACAAGCAUCCUUACAUAAGAGAGUUAGGUGCUUCAGAGGCAGAGAGAAAAAGGAGAGGGGAAAACAGAACCUUAGCCGGUCGGAGUGAUGAUCUUUGAAGAUGGAUGAAGGGGCCACAAGCCAGGGAAGCUGAAAAGGCAAGGCGUUGGAUUUUCCCUUUAGAGCUUCAAGAAGAAAACAGCCUUACCAAACACCUCCGCUUUAACCCAGUGAAACUGAUUUUGACCUUCUGGCCUUCAGAAUCUGUUGUUGUUCAGGCGCUAAGUCCUCUCCCACUCUUUGUGAACCCGUGGACUGCAGCAUGCCAGGCUCCCCUGUCCUUCACUAUCUCCUGGAGGUUGCUCAAACUGGAUGACAGUGAUGGGAUUCCGUGGUCAGAAGAAAGGGUGGUACGUAAAGUCCUUUAUUUGUCUCUGAAGGAGUUCAAGAACGCCCAGAAGAGGCAGCACGGGGAAGGCAUUCCUGGGAGCCUGAAGGCCGUGAACGGGCUCCUUGGUAAUGGCCAGUCUAAGGGAUUAGGACCAGCAUCAGAACAGUCAGAGAAUGAGAAGGACGAUGCAUCCCAAGUGUCCUCGACUAGCAACGAUGUUAGUUCUUCAGAUUUUGAAGAAGGGCCGUCGAGGAAAAGGCCCAGGCUGCAAGCACAAAGGAAGUUUGCUCAAUCCCAGCCGAAUAGCCCCAGCACAACUCCAGUCAAGGUAGUGGAGCCUCUGCUACCCCCUCCAGCUACUCAGAUUUCUGACCUCUCUAAAAGGAAGCCUAAGACAGAAGAUUUUCUUACCUUUCUCUGCCUUCGAGGUUCUCCUGCGCUGCCCAACAGCAUGGUGUAUUUUGGAAGCUCUCAGGACGAGGAGGAUGUUGAGGAGGAAGAUGAUGAAACAGAAGACGUCAAAGCAGCCACCAACAAUGCUUCAUCUUCAUGCCAGUCAACCCCCAGGAAAGGAAAAACCCACAAGCAUGUUCACAACGGACAUGUUUUCAAUGGUUCCAGCAGGUCGUCCCGGGAGAAGGACCCUGUUCAGAAACACAAAAGCAAAGAGGCCACUCCGGCGAAGGAGAAGCACAGCGAUGCGCGGGCCGACGCACGGAGGGAGCAGGCGUCCGCGAGCCACCCCCCCACCGCCCCCGCCGCGGGCUCCUCGGCCAAGGGGCUCACCGCUCACCACCACCACCCCGCUCUGCAUCGGUCGGCUCAGGACUUACGGAAACAGGUUUCUAAGGUCAGUGGAGUCACCCGAAUGUCAUCUCUGGGUACAAGUGCAACCAGUGCCAAAAAGAUGCGCGAAGUCAGACCUUCACCGUCCAAAACUGUGAAGUACACUGCCACGGUGACGAAGGGGACUGUCACAUACACCAAAGCCAAGAGAGAACUGGUCAAGGAAACCAAACCCCAUCACCACAAGCCCAGUUCCGCUGUCAACCACACAAUCUCAGGGAAAACUGAAAGUAGCAAUGCAAAAACCCGCAAACAGGUGCUAUCCCUCGGGGGGGCGUCCAAGUCCACCGGGCCCGCCGUCAAUGGCCUCAAGGUCAGUGGCAGGUUGAACCCAAAGUCGUGCACUAAGGAGGUGGGGGGGCGGCAGCUGCGGGAGGGGCUCCGGAACUCCAAGCGGAGGCUGGAGGAGGUGCCCCCGGCCGACAAGCCGCAGUCGCCCCCCAAGAAGAUGAAGGGGGCUGCGGGCAGCGCCGCCGAGGGCCCCGGCAGGAAGGCAGCCCCGGGCCCUGCCGAGAAGGCGCCGCUCGGGGCCCCUGGGAAGAAGGAGGCGCCCGAGCGGAGCCUGGAGAGGAACCGGCCCAAGCGGGCAGCAGCCGGCAAGGGCCCGCCGGGCAGACAAGCACACGGCAAGCCGGACGGCGGCGCCCCCUGUGAAAAUCGUUCUACCUCGCAAUCGGAGCCCCUGCCUCGGCUGCACGAGGGGGCGGCCAAGGCCGAGAAGGGGGCCGGCAGGGCCGGGUGGGCGGCCAUGGACGAGAUCCCCGUGCUGCGGCCGUCGGCCAAGGAGUUCCACGACCCGCUCGUCUACAUCGAGUCGGUGCGCCCUCAGGUGGAGAAGUACGGCAUGUGCAGGGUGAUCCCGCCCCCGGACUGGCGGCCCGAGUGCAAGCUCAACGACGAGAUGCGCUUCGUCACGCAGAUCCAGCACAUCCACAAGCUGGGCCGGCGCUGGGGCCCCAACGUGCAGCGGCUGGCCUGCAUCAAGAAGCACCUCAGAUCUCAGGGCAUCACCAUGGACGAGCUCCCGCUCAUAGGAGGCUGUGAGCUCGACCUGGCCUGCUUUUUCCGGCUGAUUAACGAGAUGGGCGGUAUGCAGCAGGUGACGGACCUCAAAAAAUGGAACAAACUCGCAGACAUGCUGCGCAUCCCCAGAACCGCCCAGGACCGGCUGGCCAAGCUCCAGGAGGCUUACUGCCAGUACCUGCUCUCCUAUGACUCCCUGUCCCCCGAGGAGCACCGGCGCCUGGAGAAGGAGGUGCUGAUGGAGAAGGAGAGCCUGGAGCGGCGCAAGGGGCCCCUGGAGGGCCACACGGAGCAGGACUACCACCGCUUCCACCCGCUGCCCCGCUUCGAGCCCAAGAACGGGCUCAUCAAUGGCGUGGCCCACAGAAACGGCUUCCGCAGCAAGCUGAAGGAGGUGGGCCCCGCGCAGCUCAAGACGGGCCGGCGGCGACUCUUUGCUCAGGAAAAGGAGGUGGUGAAGGAGGAGGAGGAGGACAAGGGCAUCCUCAGCGACUUCCACAAGUGUAUAUACAAGGGAAGGUCUGUUUCUUUAACGACUUUUUAUCGAACAGCAAGAAAUAUCAUGAACAUGUGCUUCAGCAAGGAGCCCGCACCAGCUGAAAUCGAGCAAGAGUACUGGAGGCUCGUGGAGGAGAAGGACUGCCACGUGGCCGUGCACUGCGGCAAGGUGGACACCAACACCCACGGCAGCGGCUUCCCGGUGGGAAAGUCGGAGCCGUUUUCAAGACAUGGAUGGAACCUCACCGUCCUCCCCAAUAACACAGGCUCCAUCCUGCGUCACCUCGGUGCUGUGCCUGGAGUGACAAUUCCCUGGCUGAAUAUCGGCAUGGUCUUUUCUACCUCAUGCUGGUCUCGAGACCAAAACCACCUCCCUUACAUUGACUACUUACACACGGGUGCUGACUGCAUUUGGUAUUGCAUUCCUGCUGAGGAGGAGCACAAGCUGGAGGACGUGGUGCACACUCUGCUGCAAGCCAACGGCACCCCCGGCCUGCAGAUGCUCGAGAGCAACGUCAUGAUCUCCCCGGAGGUGCUGUGCAGAGAGGGGAUCAAGGUGCACAGGACGGUGCAGCAGAGCGGCCAGUUUGUCGUCUGCUUCCCGGGAUCCUUCGUGUCCAAAGUCUGCUGCGGCUACAGCGUCUCCGAGACUGUGCACUUCGCCACCACCCAGUGGACGAGCAUGGGCUUCGAGACGGCCAAGGAGAUGAAGCGUCGCCAUAUAGCUAAGCCAUUCUCGAUGGAGAAGUUACUCUACCAGAUCGCACAAGCGGAAGCAAAAAAGGAAAAUGGCCCCACUCUCAGUACCAUCUCAGCCCUUCUGGACGAGCUCAGGGAUACGGAGCUGCGGCAGCGGCGGCAGCUCUUCGAGGCCGGCCUCCACUCCUCCGCCCGCUACGGCAGCCACGACAGCAGCAGCGCCGCGCCCGACGGCAAGAAGAAGCCUCGGAAGUGGCUGCAGCUGGAGACCUCGGAGAGGCGGUGCCAGGUGUGCCAGCACCUGUGCUACCUGUCCAUGGUCGUGCAGGAGAACGAGAACGUGGUCUUCUGCCUCGAGUGCGCCCUGCGCCACGUGGAGAAGCAGAAGUCCUGCCGCGGCCUGAAGCUCAUGUACCGCUACGAUGAGGAACAGAUUAUCAGCCUGGUCAAUCAGAUCUGUGGCAAGGUAUCUGGUAAAAACGGCAGCAUUGAGAACUGUCUCAGUAAACCCACACCAAAAAGAGGGCCCCGCAAGAGAGCCACGGUGGACGUGCCGCCCUCCAGGCUCGCAUCCUCCUGAAGACGCCAGCGCCGUGGGCGAGGGAUAGACGUUAUUUUGUAAUUAUUAUAUUCUAGUUUGGAGUACUUGCUGUAGGAUACAAGCUGUCUUUGCACUAGCUCUAAAGAAGAUUUUCUUCUGGUUUUAGAGAACUAAUUUUGUUUUAGCAUUAAACUGUUGAAUUUUUUUUGUACUUAGAAUACCUAGAUACUGCAGUCAGAUUUUUGAAACUGCCGUAUAUUCACUGUUUUAAAACCCUUGAGGGGCUGUAUUAAUUUGUAUUGCCCCUUGUGGCUGACAAAAAAGCCUUUUUUUUUUUUUUUUUUAAUUUUUUUUUUGUUUUUUUUGUUUGUGUUUUUUUUUUUUUUUUUUUUUUUUUGUAACUGUUGGGGGAAAAAAGGCUUUUUAACCCAUUUUUGAAGAGGGUGAAGUUUGGAGAACAAAUUUUAAAACCAUCAGUCAUGUGAGCAGAUUUUUUCUAGAGAGGAAAAGGGAUAGACACAUACACACACACAUAACAAAAAAAACUUGAACGAAAUGGCUUUACUUUGGCUGUCUUUUCUUCUGUCACGUGCGGGAUGAGUUUGUAAGUGUUAAAAACCGGAGAAUCCCCAUUUUGUUUCUUUGGGCGGUUGUGGCAGCUGAAGGCGGACGUUGUUUCCUAACCAUAGGCAAAAUGAGGAGGUCGGAGCCACUGGGCUCUCUCUACCAGCACUUCACUAUGCAUCUGUUUAAGGAGAAAGAGGAAGAGAAGAAAGACUGCCUGCCUUGGAGGGGUCACGUGAGGGAAACCUGUGCCUGAUUUCAUUAGGAAAUCCAUUCUGUUCUUUUUUGGUGCUGUUGGCUACUUUAUCAAAAAACCCUUCAAUAGCAUCCUUAAGAAAAAAAAAAAAAAAGGAAAAAAAAAAGUGAUUGAAGCCGGAAGUGCUUCUUUGUCAUGGAUGUGCAAUCUUUCUAACAUUCCAUCUUCAUCUCACCUGUUUGUUGUUUUACACCUUCACAGGUCAGCAUUAAUUUUUCUUUUUAAACUCCUUUCGUUGGUGAUCACAUCUAGAGCCACUCGGAGGUCUGCGGUUCUUUUUGAAUGUGAAAAUGCAUCUGCGCUCAUCUGGUCUAUUUUUUCUCUUCAUGUUGUAACAAAAAGAAAAAAAGGAAAAAAAAAAAAACCAACCCGUCCCUUUUGUACAUACGCCUGUAAAUUGUUUCAAAUACUUGAGCCUUUUUCUGGGUGGGGGAGGGGAGGGCGCGAGGACAGAUGAAGAAAAGCCUUACACUUCCGUUUCUUCAUCGGGUGGACUGGAUGCUUACAGGGUUUUUCUUGUAACAUUUAUAAGUGCUGCUUACAUCACUGAACAACAACAAGAAAAAUAAUAAUGGAGUAGCUGUUGCCCUUCUCCGGUUGUGUGUACAGUAUGUGUGGAAUAAAAAAGGGAACCUGUUUUCACAAGCUGUUCUUUGUUUCAUGAUUGGACUCGGCGGUCCCGCAGCCGCCGCGUGCACUGAGCUGGCCGGCGGGCUGUCAGCAGCGUCCUGUGGUGCACUCGGUCGUCGGUGCCGAAGACUGAACUGUGUUGGCGUGUUAAGUAACAUGAGCAGAGUCGUGUUUCCAGUGUGCUCGUCCGGUUUCUAUGGCCUUGCUGUGUACUGGCCCUCUUGGACAGUGAACUUCUGCCUCCGGCUUACGGUCUGACGUUUUAAUUUAUUAGCGCUGCUCUGCACCCCUCCCUCGGGAGGGAAGACUUUUCAUGUUGUUUAUUGCCAGUUUUUUGUUUACUUUUCAGGUUUGUACUACAAGGUUUAAUAAUAAAACAAAGUUUUUUGGA